UUCGAAUUCGAAAAUUGCCGUUUGAGUUUCAGUAGACGCCGAUUCGGCUCGAGGGGUUUCUAGUACGGGAGAGACUAAGAUUCGGAUUCGGAUUCGGAUUCAGAUCUUUCUGUUUCUCGAGCUGAUUUGUUUUAUUUGUUGUGUUGAUUAUAAACUCUGAGCCUUGUGGGAGAAAUUGUUUCGGGUUUAUUCAGAUAUAUACAACUGAGAAAUUCGAAAUCUUUAGAUGGGAGAAGGAGACGAAUUCCCGCCUAAAAUGGAAGGUUCAGAAGAGUCUGAUGUCCCGAUGAAGAAGACGACGGCGAGGCAACUCGACUUCGCUGGUGGCUCUGUGGCUAAUAAAGCUCCUGCCACAUCCAUGGAAGUCACUUCCAUUCCGCCUUUACAAUCUCAAGCCCCAAUCACGCUUCCGAAGCCUGAAUCACCGAAGCCUAAGCCAAGGCCCGUGGUGGAAGCUGGAGAUGGAACUCCUUUGAAGAAGAAACACUGUAACUGUAAACACUCACGCUGCUUGAAGCUGUAUUGUGAAUGUUUUGCAUCUGGCACAUACUGUGAUGGUUGCAACUGUUUAAAUUGUUGCAACAAUGUUGACAAUGAACCCGCGAGACGAGAAGCCAUUGAAUCAACUCUCGAACGGAAUCCAUAUGCCUUCAGGCCUAAGAUCGCUAGCAGUCCACACGACGCACGAGAUAACAAGGAGGUGGUUGGUGGAGCUGUGAUGUUAGGGAAGCACCACAAAGGCUGUCACUGCAAGAAAUCGGGAUGUCUCAAGAAGUACUGUGAGUGCUUCCAGGCAAACAUUCUUUGUUCUGACAACUGCAAGUGCUUGGGUUGCAAAAACUUUGAAGGGAGUGAAGACAGGCAAGCUCUCUUUCACGGUGAACAUUCCCAUAGUGCGGCUUAUCUCCAACACACAAACGCUGCCAUAACUGGAGCUGUAGGUUCCUCUGGCUUUGCAUCUUCUCCUGCUCCUAAGAGAAAGAAAUCUCAAGACAUUUUCUUCAACCAAGGAACCAAAGAUUCAUCUUCUAAUAGGCUUGGCCAGGGAAGUAGCGGGAAGACUACAUCUUCAAAACCUGUUUCUUUUCGUGGAGGCCCAUCCAAAGUUGUAUAUAGGUCUCUCUUGGCAGACAUAAUUCAACCACAGGAUGUGAAAGCACUUUGUUCAGUUUUGGUUGCUGUAUCCGAGGAGGCAGCCAAGACAUCAACAGAAAAACGGUUGGCAGACCAGGCAGAAACUUCCUUAGCGCAAGCCAAUAAUAAUGGUACAGAGAUUGAGAAAGCUGCGAGUGGAAAUGAAGCUGGUGCAGAGGAGUCCAAUUCAGAUGGCUCUAAAGGAAAGUCACUGUCUCCAGAAACGUUGGCAUUGAUGUGUGAUGAACAGGACACUAUGUUAAUGGUUGCAGCUUCAUCUAAUUGUUCCUCGCAGCUACCAAACGGGCAAGACCAGGUUUAUGCAGAUCAGGAGAAAAUGGUAUUAACCAAGUUCCGUGACUGCCUUAACCGAAUAAUCUCAUACGCAGAACUAAAAGAAUCAAAGUGUUCUUUGUCAAGGAUGGAUACAGAGUCACCUGUACACGCUGCUGUGAAGACGGAGCCGGUGGUUCAACAAGGAGCAGUCACAAACGGAGUUUCACAGAGCACAAUACAACAUCCUUCCGAGCAAUCUUCUUCACACACUCAAAUUCAACAACCUCAAGCUCUGGCUGAGAAGAAAGACCUAUGAUUCAAAACAUUUACUCCUCCUAACAUUAUUUUACAGAGAGCAAUAAUUGCAGUUGAAUCCGCGUCUCUAUGCCUAACUUAUGAGGUAACUCCACCAACAUUGGCAGAUGAUUACAAUAACUGCUCACAAAAGUUGUGUUAUUAGACUUUCUUCCAUUAAAAUUCUUCGUUCAGAUUUAUAAAUGUUUCUUUACGACUUGUUGUCACUAUCCGUGUACAUUGCAUUGCUGCUACGUAGUCCACUCGACUAUUUUACAUAGUAAUGUUUCUUCUAAAGAUUUUUUCUUUUGUUAGAAGGCUAUGUGCUUAUUAUAUUUGAGUGGGAUACAAGAAGAAUGUUUCAUGUUCUUGAA